GAGGAGGACCCAGAGUGAGAUGAACUGAGAGAAUUUUUAAAAAAGGAGAAGAGGAGGAUGAAUGAAGCACAAAGAAUCUAGAAAACAAGACAGACGAGGACACCAAUAAAAAGACCUAAACAAAAAGGUCAAGUCAGCAAACACUUUGCACCCGAAGGGACAGUUGUUGAGAUUUAAAGGAAAGUGAAGUAAACGUUUUAUGAAAACUCCAAAAGGAAAAACCUACAGCUGAGAGAAAGAAGGAUUAUCUGCUGCUGGAAAAAGUGGACCCCUGUUGAACAGUUUGAAACAAAGGUCAGGGCGAGCCUGCAUAUCUCCAUCUUGUCAUGAUUUCACUCAGUUCUCUCAGUUUGCUUCCUCUGCUGUCGCUGUACGUGGGCGCACUGCUGUCCUCAGAUGCAUCUCCAGCCUGCACGCACCCUCCCUGUAGGGACAUGCUGGUGGCUGCUCCCAUCCAGCCCGGGACAGGAGCAGGAGUGGGUAGCGGGGCCUGUGAAGGUCAAACUGGGUCAACAGCCUGCAAGAUGGGGGUUUCACUUCCAGCCAUCUCAGAUGUUCCUCGGAAGUUAGAGGUUCAGCCUAAGACUGGAGGUGUGAAAGAGCGUCUGGUUCAGCUGCAGCGCUGCAUGCGCUCUCUCCAGGAAACAGGGGGGCCCUGGAGCCAUGGGAGCCAGGAGAGCAACUCUCUUGGAGCCAUCCUGGCACUGAUGGCAGCUGUCCUGACAGAGUGUGACCUCCACUGUCACAGCCAGGCCCUUGGGGCGAUGGCCAAACGGCUGGAGAGUGCAGCCGUGGGAAGAGAGGGCGAGAGAGACCUGCUGCUUUUCCUCAAGAGCAUCACACAAUAUCCACCCACAGUUGCCCCCUUGGAGAGGUUACAUCCUCGGGACUGUGCAGAGAUUUACAGGCUCGGCAUCAAAGAGAAUGGAAUCUACACCAUCCAGCCUGACCUGCGCAUGCCGGCAUUGGAGGCUAAAUGUGACAUGGAGAUGGCGGGGGGCGGUUGGACAGUGAUCCAGAAUCGGCGGGACGGCUCACUGGACUUCAACAAGACAUGGCAGGAAUACCGGGAGGGCUUUGGUGGUCCCCAGGGAGAGCACUGGCUGGGGAAUGCAGCGCUGCACGCCCUCACCUCCACUGGCCAACACCAACUUCGCAUCGAGCUGGAAGACUGGCACCAGCAGAAACGCCAAGCUACAUACAACGUGUUCAAAGUGGCCUCAGAGGCACAGAGGUAUCGUCUAACAGCGCGGGAGUACUCUGGUGAUGCAGGCAAUGCUUUGAGCUACAGCAAACUUUACAACCAUGACGGCAGAUCCUUCAGCACGGCCGACCGAGACCAUGACCGUUACGUAGCUGGGAACUGUGGUCAUUACUACGGUGCAGGCUGGUGGUUUGAUGCCUGCCUGGCAGCUAACCUGAAUGGACAGUACUACCGUGGACGCUACAGUGGGGUGACCAACGGGAUCUACUGGGGGACAUGGUACAUCCUGACAGAUGGACGAAGUGGAGAACGCUACUCAUUCAAGAGGGUGGAGAUGAAGACGAGACCCAGGAACUUUGUAGGGACAUCUUAAAUAAGGGUGACAGUUCUCACAGAUAAGCGUGUUUUCUUUAAGUCAGUGUGGACAUCACUUUACUUAGAGCAGCUUUCCAGUCACUUACCAGUUACAUGCAGAUGGCAGCUAAUAGAUUCAAUAAAAAAUACACAAGGAAUAAUGUUUUAACAUUCACUAGCAGAUAAGCUACAUGCAUAUUACAAUAGUAUUUGGUUUGUUAAGUGGCUUCUAUCUCGCAACAGCACCUUUCUAGCAUUUAUUCAGUGAUACAAAGAAUUGAAUAGUGAAAAUACUGCCUGUAGAAGACGUUAUUGUAAUAAAUUCUCAGAAUGUUUAUUGUACAUUAAAGAUCUUACUGUGGUACUUUAAUAAGCACUAAGAUGCCUGGGGAGACAUUGAUCUACAAUGUGAUUGUUAAAGGUUGUUUUUUUAUUGCCACACUUUCACAUAUGAUAAAGAUUAACCUGAAUCCAAUUUGUUCAUAAAAGUGAGACUACAAGAAUGCA